CGCCGCCGGGGCCGCGGAGAUGUCGUCGUCGUCGUCUCCCCCGGCGCCCGCUGCCAGCGCCGCCAUCUCGGCCUCGGAGAAAGUGGACGGCUUCACCCGGAAAUCGGUGCGCAAGGCGCAGAGGCAGAAGCGCUCGCAGGGCUCGUCGCAGUUCCGCAGCCAGGGCGGCCAGGCGGAGCUGCACCCCUUGCCGCAGCUCAAAGAUGCCACUUCCAAUGAGCAACAGGAACUGUUCUGCCAGAAGCUGCAGCAGUGUUGUGUACUGUUUGAUUUCAUGGACUCUGUUUCAGACUUGAAGAGCAAAGAAAUUAAAAGAGCAACUCUGAAUGAACUGGUCGAGUAUGUUUCAACUAAUCGUGGUGUCAUUGUUGAGUCAGCGUAUGCUGAUAUAGUAAAAAUGAUCAGUGCUAACAUCUUCCGUACUCUUCCUCCAAGUGAUAAUCCGGAUUUUGAUCCAGAAGAGGAUGAGCCCACACUCGAGGCUUCUUGGCCUCACAUACAAUUGGUGUAUGAAUUCUUCUUGAGAUUUUUGGAGAGUCCUGAUUUCCAGCCUAGCAUUGCAAAACGAUACAUUGAUCAGAAAUUUGUACAACAGCUCCUGGAGCUUUUUGAUAGUGAAGAUCCCAGAGAACGUGACUUCCUGAAGACUGUUCUUCAUCGAAUUUAUGGCAAGUUUCUUGGAUUAAGAGCAUUCAUCAGAAAACAAAUAAACAACAUUUUUCUCAGGUUUAUAUAUGAAACAGAGCAUUUCAAUGGUGUUGCUGAACUCCUUGAAAUAUUAGGAAGUAUUAUCAAUGGCUUUGCAUUGCCACUGAAAGCAGAACAUAAACAGUUUCUAAUGAAGGUUCUUAUUCCUAUGCAUACUGCAAAAGGACUGGCUUUGUUUCAUGCUCAGCUAGCAUACUGCGUUGUACAGUUCCUGGAGAAAGAUACAACACUGACAGAGCCAGUGAUCAGAGGACUGCUGAAAUUUUGGCCAAAAACAUGCAGUCAGAAAGAGGUGAUGUUUUUAGGAGAAAUUGAAGAAAUCUUAGAUGUUAUUGAACCAACACAGUUCAAGAAAAUUGAAGAGCCACUUUUCAAGCAGAUAUCCAGGUGUGUCUCCAGUUCUCACUUUCAGGUUGCAGAAAGAGCUUUGUAUUUCUGGAAUAAUGAAUAUAUUCUUAGUUUGAUUGAAGAGAAUAUUGAUAAAAUUCUGCCAAUUAUGUUUGCCAGUUUGUACAAAAUUUCCAAAGAACACUGGAAUCAGACCAUUGUAGCCCUGGUGUACAAUGUGCUCAAAACCCUCAUGGAGAUGAAUGGCAAGCUUUUUGAUGACCUCACUAGCUCAUACAAAGCUGAAAGACAGAGGGAGAAGAAGAAGGAGUUGGAGCGUCAGGAAUUGUGGAAGAAGUUAGAGGAGCUAAAGCUGAGGAGGGCAACCCGGGACAGACAGAGCAACAACGCUGGCGUGCGCCCGUCCUCAGCAACGCAACGGCCGAGCGAAGGGCCCUCUGCUGAUGGGCAGUUGUGGGCACUGUUUUGAAAUACAUAAAAACUGCAAAGCAAACCUCAUCAGUAUAAGGCCAACUUUUCCUGGCAACUGUAAGUGAAAAAGUGCGGACUAACAUGGCGCUGUGCUGUAUUAUGGCCACAGUGUAUUGUAACCUUUGUCUAAUCAUUGUUGCACAGAAAUGAAUUUACAUCUACAGUAGGAGUGAGGUAAUUAUGGGAGUGGUGAGAAUGAUGAAUUCUUCUGAUUGUGUUGCACAUAGAUCAGGUAAUCCACUCUGUACAUGUCCCUUUCAUAAUGUGCUUCUCACAUUGCUGCAGAUCUUCAUUACAUCCGAGGAAAGAACUCUGUCUAAAAUCAAGUAAGGGUGGGAUUCCCUACCCUAAGUACCUCUCAUUAGAAAUACGACUGCUCUCUGGAAUUGGAGAAAAAUGUUUAAAGCUGGAAAAACCAGAGUUCCUCAGACUGUCCCUGAACGCUCCCUGGAUCAGCAGCGCCCGGGCGCGAGCACAGACUAGGCUGCCAGGCUCGCCUGCUGCAUUCCCGCUCUCCCUCCAAGGCUGGAGGCAGGGCCUUUCCAGUCCUCAUGCCUGCCGGCCCACUGCCGGUGCAGGCUCUGAGGCCACGUGUGGUGUACAGACCACGAGCUGUCACGGCCUGGCUUUAUUUAAAGGAAACACAGUAGGCUUCCUCAGUAGACUUGUGGAAAAGUUGACUACAUAGAGGUCUUGUAUGUUUUUACCUGGUCAAGUAUUUCUCACAUCUUUUGUUAUCAGAGUACCAUUCCAAUCUCUUGACUUGCAGUUGUGUGGAAAACUUUUAUAAUGAAAGAUCUUCACUGGGGGAUGGAGCAGCAUUUAAUAAAGUCUAUGUUUGUAUUUUGCCUUA